UCUGAACCGUCUCUGGUCUGAGGAGGGAAAUUUAAAGUAGUAACGGAUUACUUCAGUCCUGAAACAUUCGCAUAAUAAAAACGUUUAACGUUGAAUCCUCUUCAGAGAGGGGGAGAGAGAAGCAGCCUUUGGCUUGUUCUUUUGGAAAGGAUUUUGGUGUUCCCGAGGAUCGUUUCUGAACUGACUAAAUCAGGAUGAGUUCCUCCUCCCUCCUCUCUACUUCGCCCUCUCCCUCUCCCUCUCCCCUCCCUCUCCCUCUCCCUCUCCCUCUCCCCUACUCCGUCUCUCUGACUCGAUGUCCUGAACUCGACCUGUCCGUCACACUUAGCCCUGCUCCCAAGACCAGCCACACACACCUGAAGCCAAGUCAGCAAAGUGACCAAUCACAGCUCAAGACUGGAAGAAAGGGAAACAUACAGGUGUGUUUUGAAGAGCAGAGCAUAGACACACGCCCUGCUUCAGCAGCCAAUCAGAGGUCAGAGGAGGACCAGAGGAUAUCACCAUGGUGUGUUUUGAUGAGCAAAGCAGAGAGUCACGCCCCACCUCAGCAGCCAAUUAGAGGUCAGAGGAGGAGCAGAGGAUGUCACCAUGGUGGAGACCCUCCUGCUGCACUAUCCAAUCAAGAUCCAGGUCACCUGGAGAGGGCGGGGCUAAACACCACUCUGGCUCUGAAGGCAGAACUUCAGUCACUAAAGGGGGAGGUGUUUAACUCACAGAAGUCCAUUCAGCAGACUCUUGAGAGGUCAGAGAGGACCAAAAACCUGAUCAACACCAGAGCUACUGAAGAAGUGAAUGUCUCUCGCUCUCAGCUUCUCUUCACCUCAUUGGUCUGUGUCGAGGUGCAGGAAGAUCAGCUGAUCAGCCAGGUGCUGCAGCAUAGGUUGCCGCUGCCCCCCAGUAAUGCCAGCAGGGCAGCAGAUGAGCCCUCUCUUCUUCUCUUCUUGACCUCCGACCACGUCAGACAGAAGCCCGUCCCACUAGAGGAGGAGCCUGUCAACUACAAGCCCUGCCCAUUGACAUGCCCCGCCUACUCCACCUUUGACCUCUACAAAAGGGGUAGAUUCUGAGAGGCCAGGAGAGCUGUGAUUGGCUCGAGGUACUCAUUGAAUAGUUAUAAUAAAUAUUUUAAAUUAUUAAUAUUAAAUGGAAUAUGUUUCUAUUCCUAUAAAGAGCUUCAUUUUGUUUUUUUUCUAUAAAGUCUUGUCAUGGGUGAUGCUGUGGUACAGGUAGUCCAAUCAGAAGCGUUUGUUACAGAACAGAACAUGAAAUGUAACUCUGCUGAAGUGGACAGAAGAACUGACAAACGGAACAUAAAUUAUACUGAAUGUCCGUUAUUUGCUAGAGCUCUGUCUACAGAUGGAAUUAUGUCAAAAGUUAAUUAUUUGCUUUUAUGUGAAAGUUAAGAAUGGAAGGAGUGUAGAUGAAUACGUGUUAUUAUUUAAAUACCUUCCAAUAAGACAAGAAUACUGUGUGCAUUACUCCCACCUGUUAGCUUUGGGCCAAUAUAAACUGAUACACAGCAAUUAGUUCAUUAUUAUAAGUUGAAGUACUUACUGAAAGUCGGUUUUAGACUGGUACGUUUAAAUGUCUGGAUUUAUUAGGUAUCGGACUAGGAAGUAUAAAUGCUGUGAAGUUGAGUCCAAAUGCAAUUUGAAUAAUGUGACCCUCUAGUAUUUAAGUGGUAUUAACAUAAUUCAAAUUGAAAUGUUUUUUUCUGUUCAUCACUAUGAAACAGGUCUGAAGUAUUUAGGCUGAAAAGUGUUAGAAUACAAAUGAUUCCAAUGGUAUCUAAGAAUACAAAUGUUAGUGAUGCUGAAUCUGUUAUCUGUGUUAUGAUGAGAACAGUACUUUUAGUAAAUGUACUUAGUUACAUUCUACUGCUGAAAAUCAGGGUUUAUACUGUUUAAAAAUAUGUGAUUUAAUAACUUUUGAAAACUGAGGGGCGUCAAACAUUAUUGAAGUUCCAGCAAAUACUGUAUGUCUGCAAAACAUAGUGUUAACCAUGGCCUAAACAAAGACAACUGUCUCUUCAGUGUACCUUUCAAUCAAAAAUGUAGUCUCUUUGGAAAAGUGAGGUUAUUUUAAAACUAAAGAUUUCUAAAACUGAAUUCAUUUUUGAAAAGUAAAGUCUUCUAUUAAAAAUAAAUAGAUUUUUGAAAAGAGACUCAAAUAUAUAUCAUUUUUGAGUGAAUGGAUUUUUGAAAAGUAAUUUGCAAAAAGUGAAAUCAUAUGUGGAAAGUGAAGACAUUUUUAGGAAAGCGAAGAGUGUUUUUCCUCCAAAGGACACAAGACAAGUGUGUAGAAGACCAUAUUAGUGCUCGGUAAAAAACAUCCCACUGCACACUGAACAAAUCAUUCCCAUAUUGUUUCAAAUAAAUCACUCCCACUCUGGGUGGACAGCA